CGAGGCAGAGCUUAGCUCCUAGCAGCUCCCCGUCAGUAGUGUUCGCGCCUAGCAAACAAAACCAAGAGAGCACUCGCGCUAGAGCAAGCGAACACGAUGCUCGGAUGCUUCUCCCGGCUGCGGCGGCCGCCGGCGGGGUCACCGGCGCCGGAGCCCAUGCCGGGGUCCGACGACGCCUCCACGUCCGCGGCCUCGACGUCCGCGGCGGGCUCCACCUCCCCGUGCUCGUCGUCCUCCUCGGCGCGCUGCAAGGACGGCGCCGGCAGCUCGCCCCACGACCAUGGCCGCGACGGCGGCGACGGCGCGGUGGGCAAGAACCCGUCCGCGCUGUCCGAGUCCGGGCUGUCGUCGGCCAUCGCGUCUCGCCGGUUCUUCCUCUCAUCCCCGGGCCGCUCCAACUCCAUCGUCGACUCGUCCGCGCACGGCGCCGCUCUGGGCCUGAGCGUCGGCGCGGCCGGGGUGGCGGUGCCGACGUACUCGCCGGACCCGCACGCCGACUUCCUCCGGUCGAUGGAGGAGAUGGCCGCGGCGCUCCGGCUGGACGCGCGGCGGCGCGACGACAGGGCGCGCCUCCACGAGCUGCUGCUCUGCUACCUCGCGCUCAACGACAGGCCAGCGCACAAGUACGUCGUCAGCGCCUUCACCGACCUCCUCCUCCGCCUCACCGCCGUCACCGACGCCGACGACGAGCACCACGAUUAACUCGUCCUAGCAGCAACUCUCCACGAUGCAUACGGGCGGAUUUUUGGGUACCAAAUUCAGAAUUCUUUGCAAUAAUUGGCAAACAACUAGAAGCCACAUGCAUAUCGAGUCUGAAGAUCACUAACGACUGUAAAUACGUGCUGUGAAAUUUCGCAGCUGGAACCUGUCUCUUUCACUAUGCAUAGCAUUUUGCUCUGACCUUUUCUCUGGGUGUGUUGUGAGCAGUGAGCGUGCUGGCGAAGAUAGAAUAUGUCCAGCUUCUCCAAACAAAAGUGUUUGCUCGGUUUGCUUUGCGUUUGCCUUUGCCUUUUUGGCCAUCUCUGCUUUUUUUACUGUUCAUAUCUUUAGCUUUCUGUUCUCUUUGGGGGCACUUGAAGGCUAAGUUAGCUUUUGUGCUAUAUAGGUCCAUACAUGGUUUAAAGGCCAAGUUUGCUUAUGUGUUGUAUAGAGAAUUAUAUAGGCCACAUGCAUUGUUUGAAGGCAAAGUUUGCUUGUGUUAUAUUGGCGAUGGUUCGUGUAGUGAUUGUAACAGCUGCAAUGGUUUAAAAGACGGGAGAUUGUA